AUGCCGACCGCGAUCGUCUCCAACACCACCACUUCUCUCGACGGCACAGCGCUCCACGCCGCCUCAACCUCCAAAUUCAAACCCACCUCCGUCGACGAAAGCCCAACUGCCUUCCAAUUCGAUCUUGGUCUUCUAACGUCGAUCAACCCUAACCCGCUUCCCUCCUCCCCUCUUACCCCCGAAAUCCUCUUAUCCCGAACUCGCGAUGGAGUUCAAUCCCUCGUCAACCGAAUCUUUACUCUCCCCAUUACACGAGAUCCCGAGAAUGGCCCACUCGCUGUCUUGCCUCAAUUCACUUCGAAGUUGCCUCGAGAAAAGAGCAUGCCCAAACCCAAACCUCUUACCAAAUGGGAGAAGUUCGCUAAACAGAAAGGCAUUCAAUCCAAGAAGAAAGACAAGAUGAUCUACGACGAGAACACCAACGAAUGGCUUCCCCGAUGGGGAUACAAAGGUGCUAAUAAAGAUCUCGAAGAUCAGUGGAUCCACGAAUUGAAGAAUAAUGCAAACACCGAUAUCGAUCCCGCCAAAACUGCAAAGAAGGAACGCCUGGCGAAGAAGGAGAAAAAUGAAAAGCAGAGGAUGGGCAACCUUGCGAGAGCUGCAGCGGCUAGUUCUGCUUCUGCGGUGAAAGGUGGCAAGAGUGGCGGCUUGGGUGAUGCAAAUGCAAGUGCAAAUGCAAAUGCAAAUGCAAAUGCGGCUAAACUUGCUAGGGCUGCAGCUAGGGAGAAGAGGAAAGCAGAGUUAGAGGCCGAUGUUCUCCGAUCAAGGGCUAGCACAGCUAGUAUGGGAAGGUUCGAUAAAACGCUCAAAGGUGAGCAAAAGCAGAAGGGGAUCAAGAGAAAGUUCGGUGCGAAUGAGAAAGAUACCAAGGUGGAGAGAGAGGCUAAUUUGGCAUUGUUGAAUAAGCUGGGGACGAGUGCGAUGAGGAAGAAGGCUGCAAACAGUGCUGGGCAAGGUGAUGCGGAUUUGGUCAACUCGAGAAAGGCAGUUCAGUUCGCUACUGGUGGACAUGGAGUGACUAGUAUGCGUGAUGGUGGGAAGGGCAAGAGGGGUAGGAAGUGA